AUGCGACGGCUUGCGCUGUUGUGGCCGCACUCGGCUUCUGCGGCACGGUUCAUCCACGCCAGUCUUCCACGCUGGGGGACGAUUAUUCCGUACAGGCUGGCCGACAUUGGCGAGGGUAUUCAGCAGGUGGAGGUGGUCUCGGUCUGUGUGAAGAAGGGGGACAGGAUUGAGGAGUUUGAGAAGAUAUGCGAGGUGCAGAGCGACAAGGCGAUGGUGGACAUCACCUCCCGCUACGCGGGGGUCAUCGCCGCCGUCCACGUGCUGCCUGGCGAGACCGCGCUGGUUGGCCGCCCCAUCGUCGACAUCGAGCUCAACGACGGCGAGGGGGACAACGCGGCCGCGCCGGGGGAAACCGGAACCGGGGCCGCCCCCGAGAAGCAGCAGAAGGAGGAGAAGAAGCCGUCGCCGCCGCCUUCGCCGCCGCCUCGCAAGGCCGGGGGAAGGCCGCUGGCCACCCCCGCCACGCGAGAGUUUGCACGUGAGUGCGGCGUUGACCUCGCACACGUGGUGGGAACGGGCGACAACGGGAGCAUCUUAAAGUCGGACGUUGAGGCCUACGUGAGGGGCCACUGCAACGACGCCGGCGACGAGGUGGUGCCGCUGCUCACUGGAAUUCGCCACGUCAUGGUGAACACCAUGACGGAGGCGGGCACGAUUCCAUGCUUCACGGCGUGUGAGGAGAUUAACCUGAGCUCCCUCGUGGCUGCUCGCGAAGAGCUGAAAGCAAAACUGGCGGCAGCCUCUCCCGACGGCGCCCCGCCAAAGGUAUCGUUGCUGUCUUUUUUUAUCAAGGCGGCCUCGCUGGCGUUGCUGCAGAAUCACUACAUCAACGCAUACGUCCCUCACAAGUGUGAGACGCUUGUGGUGAAGAAGGCACACAACAUUGGCUUUGCGGUGGACACGCCAAAGGGCCUGAUCGUUCCGGUGGUUCGAAACGUCGAGGGGAAGAGUACCAUGGAGGUGGUGCGGGAGGUCAAUGAGCUGGUGCGGCUGUCCCGCAAGAACCAAGUCCCACCGAGCAGCUUGCGUGGUGGCACGUUCACCAUCAGCAAUGUUGGCCCGCUUGGGGCAACGUACGCCACCCCCAUACUUCUUCCCCCGCAGGUGGCGAUAUCCGCAUUCGGACGACUGCAGGUCUUGCCUCGCUUUGACGCCAACGGCAACAUUGUCAAGGCGACGAUUGUUCAGCUGUCAAGCACGGCGGAUCACCGCGUUAUUGACGGCGCAACCCUUGUACGGUUCAACAACUCAUUGAAGGCCUUCCUUGAGAACCCGGAGCAGCUGUUUGCGGAGGCGGCCAACAAAACUUCGUAG